AUGAUUUGUGUACCAGGUCCGAUUAUCGAAGCUCUCUCAUCGACUACUCUUUCCGGCGCCGGUGAAGCCUCUGUUCACCGGCAUCGGGACCCCAACUUCUCUUCUUUUCGUCGCUAUUUCGUUACCUUAGUUUCCUUCUUUAUUUUUCCCCUUUUGAAGCUUUUUCCCAUCCUUUCCCCUCUUGUUAUUCCCCUUGUUAUUCCAGCCCAUAACUUGUUAACCAAUCUACCUCACCUUGCAUCUCUACCAGGACGCUCUUCAACACAAAUCAAGGAAGGAAGGUUGAAGCAACAUGCUCUCUCCUUCUCCCAUUCCUCUGCUGCAGCUCUUUGGACAGAUUCGUGCUCGGAGCUAUCCCAUGUAGAAAAGGAUGCGACCCCCUGGAUCUUUGCCACCUACUUGAGCCAUGGUCAUAGUCUGCUUCCAACGAUCUUUCACUCAUCGGAGAUGACUCCUGCGCUGCAAAUCAUCUCGCCUUUCUUGGACAGCCGCCGCUCUACCUCAGCGUUUUGGCACCUCGACAUGAAACUAGGGUUUUCCCCAGUGGACCUAGUUUCUUUCGCUGGCCCAUUUCUUCCUUUCAGGCCCAAGCCCAUCUGUUGUUUUAGAACUUGUAAGGCUUUUAUUCUCAGAUCUGAUUUCUUUAAUUCUAUGUUAGGCCCAUUAAUCUUUUUGUGUCGAUCUCCUCUUAUCAAUGGCCAUGGACACCAUUUGAUAGAGAUAUCACCAUGGAGGUUUUGGUUCUUCAUUUAUCAUUUGCGAAUCCUGGUUUUAGCUAUAUCUAGGAAUGUGUGGCCUCAUUCCAAAGUCUUGAAGACCUUCUCUCUAAUUUUUCUGAAUUGUACUUGCCUUUGUGUCAAAUGUGGCUUUGAAUUAUGGGUUUUCAUCGCUCAAUGGUCACCAAGUAGCUCAUCUAUCGCCUUCAAGCUCAUCACUAUGUCCAUCAUCAUGUUUCAUUGUCUCAUAGUGUAUGCCGCUAUUGAUCGGAGAUUUGUUUGCCUUUUGUGUUGGAUCCUAAAGCUAACCUUAACCGACUAUAGAACCAUAGUCCUUCGAAUCCUUGCUAUCCUUUUUCCGUGGGUAUUGCAGCUAGCCCCGGUGAGAUCUAUAGCUUCGAUGUCUUUGUCAACGUCACUACGUCCCUUGACCGUGACCAACCUGUUGUCCUUCGACUAUUUCGAGGAUGAUCCUUCGAUUUACUGUGACCUCACAUGUUGCACUGUGCUUCUUUGCUUAUGCCUCAAAGCUCUCAUGGAAUUCAAAUCGAUGCACUUUAUCUUUCUUUUUAUGGUAUUGGGGAAUACCGUUUGUUGUAAUGCUUUAAUCUUUGAGUUCUUAAACUCUAUUUCUUGUAAUUGUUCUAUGUUCCAUUGA